GCUACACGGAACAAGCUACACUCCUAUCAUCAGGGGCUCCUUCCUGAAUCAUCCCUAUGAAUCCUAUGACUGGCCCUGCUGGCGCUGCCCCUCUGUGGCAGGAGGCUCGCAAUGCUGAAGGACGGGUCUACUACUACAAUGUUCAGACGAAAGCUACACAAUGGGCGAAGCCGGUCGAGUUGAUGACCCCUGUUGAGCGGGCUCUAGCAAAUCAGCCAUGGAAGGAGUAUACUGCUGACGGGGGCCGGAAAUACUGGUAUAAUACCGAAACCAAGCAAAGCACGUGGGAGAUGCCAGAUGUUUACAAAAAUGCUCUGGCGCAGGCACAAGCACCGCAGCCUCCACCUGUAGCGGCCCCAACAUUCGUUGCUGGUGGUGUUAGCUCGUUCUCAUCCUAUCCCCAAUCGCGCGAACGUGACGAUUACGACAGAGGCUUUGGCGAUCGUCGUGGAGGAUUCGGUGCUGCUGAGAUAAAUGGUAUCGCUGCCGGCGCUGUUUUGGGAACUACGCAGGAGCCGGACUAUGGAUCCCUCGAAGAAGCGGAAGGCGCGUUUAUGAAGAUGCUCAAGCGCCAUAAUGUUCAACCGGACUGGACCUGGGAGCAGACAAUGCGCGAAACAAUCAAAGACCCCCAGUAUCGUGCUCUGAAAGACCCUAGAGACCGCAAGGCAGCUUUCGAGAAGUACGCGGUGGAGGUUCGCAUGCAGGAAAAAGACCGGGCGAAAGAAAGAUUCGCUAAGCUCAGAGCAGAUUUCAAUACUAUGUUGAAACGACAUCCUGAAAUUAAGCAUUACAGCCGAUGGAAGACCAUUCGACCGAUCAUCGAGGGCGAAACCAUCUUCAGAUCUACCAGCGACGAAGGCGAACGACGACAGCUGUUCGAGGAGUAUAUUCUCGAGCUCAAGAAGAAUCACGUCGAGCAGGAGUCUGUGCUACGCAAAGCCGCGAUGGACGAGCUCGUGACCAUCCUCAAAUCCCUGAACCUCGAACCAUACACCCGGUGGUCGGAGGCGCACGCCAUUAUCCAGUCUAAUGAAAGGGUUCAAAAUGACGAUAAGUUCAAGUCUUUAAGCAAAUCUGAUAUCUUGACCGCAUUUGAAAACCAUAUUAAGUCUCUUGAGCGAGCUUUCAAUGAUGCUCGUCAGCAGCAGAAGGCCGCCAAGGCCCGAAAAGAGCGGCAUGCCCGUGAACAGUUUAUCGAACUUUUGAAGGAGUUGAGAUCCCAAGGCAAGAUUAAGGCUGGUAGCAAAUGGAUGAAUAUCCACCCACUGAUCAGCGAGGAUCCCCGAUACCUUGGAAUUCUAGGAAAUUCGGGCUCUUCUCCCCUGGAUCUAUUUUGGGAUGUGGUUGAGGAAGAGGAACGGUCGUUACGUGGACCACGUAAUGACGUCUUGGAUGUUCUCGAUGAUAAACGAUUCGAAGUUACUCCCAAGACUACGUUUGAAGAGUUUAACUCGAUUGUGCUUGCGGAUCGCCGCACGGCCAACAUCGACCCAGAGAUCCUUCAGAUCAUCUUCCAGCGCAUUCAAGAGAAAGCUCUUCGUCGUAACGAGGAGGAGAAACAUGCAGCCGAUCGCCACCAGCGGCGUGCUGUGGACUCCCUGCGUUCUCGCAUGAAGCGCCUAGACCCUCCUCUCCGGUCCAACGAUGCGUGGGAACAGGUCAAACCUAGACUAGAGAAGUAUGAAGAAUACAAAGCUCUUGAAUCCGAUGAAGUCCGCCAGGCCGUCUUUGACAAGGUCAUCCGCCGUAUCAGAGAGAAGGAAGAAGACACCGAGAAAGAUCGCGAGCCCCGGGACAAGGACCGCGGCAGUAACCGCCGCGAGCAUCACCACGAUCGCGAGCGCGAUCGCGACCACCGCAGCGGUGCCUCCUACCGAGGAGAGAGACGAGGUGCCUCCAGCCGUCUCAGCCGUACUCCCGAACCAGAUGCCUAUGAGGCAGACCGCCGCAAAGCCCAAGCUGACCGUGAGAGAUCCUACCGCAAAGUCAGCGGUUUAUCACCCGUCCAUGAGAGACGGGAAGACCGCGAGCGCGAGCGAGACAAGGGCGAUAGGGCCGACCGAGACCGCCAGCGCGACCGUGAUCGCGAUCGUGAACGCGAACCCGAACGAAGCUCCCGCUCUCUCAGCCACUAUGAGCGCGAGCGCCGUGAUCGCGAAGAAGAGCGAGAGCGCCUCUAUCGGACUCGUGGAGACCCACGCGGUGGCCGCGACGAGCUCGACUACGGCGGUGACGCUCGAAGCACCGUCAGCACGGACCGUCGGCGUCGCCGUGAUAGCGAUACCGAGAGCGUUGCCAGUCGUUCUACGAAACGGUAUAGACGAGAGAGUCGUGACCGCAGCCGAGGCGCGGCCAGGCGGGAUCGGGACCGUCGAGAGCGGACUCCUCCCGCCUCAGGCGCAGGUGCGGGUGCAAGUGUUGUAGGAUCGGGUGCCAAUGCAGGUGCAGUCGAUGUCGCAGUUGACGAAGCAAAGAAAGAAGAAAAGGCGGUUCAUUCUGGUAGUGAGGAGGGAGAGAUUGAGGAAGAUUAAUUAGUUAGUUAGACUAUGGACGUCUUCACGUUCUCUCCACCUAUGACUACUUAUGUAUUGUAUUGUAUGUAUGUACUCGGAAGUUUACGAACGAAAAAGGGGAAUUUGACUUGCCUUUUGAUAACGUCUUUUAUAACUAGUCAACGCGAUGGUUUUAUAGCAGAGCUAGCUACCAGUAAUGCAUGGU